ACAAUAAAUAAAACAAACUAAUAAUAAUGAGUUUUUAACAGCAGCCAUUAAAGGGAAUUAUCAACCUUAAUCCCUUUGGGGUCCAAGAGUGUGCCACACACACACAUUUCUUCAGAGAAAAAAGGAUUGAGAAAAAAAGAAGAGAAAAAAAUGUGUCCUCUGCGAUUCAUUCUGAUAUUCUUGUCCGCAACCCUCGCCGGUUUUUUCGUUCUCAGAAACCUCAGAUCUCAGCCUCAAAUUGAAGAAGGCGACGCUGUUGUUCCUCCCAACCCUAAAAUCUCAGACUCCUCCGACGCUUCCUCAAAUGUAACUUCCAAGCUUCGCGCUGUGGUAGAGUCUGGGUUCUGGACCUUCGUGGAUAUGGCUAGUGGCCGUUAUCUUUGGAGGCAUUUGGUCUGUAAUUCUUCCAAGAGAUCGUGAUGAUGCGAUUGUAUGUUGUUGUAAUUGUUCGGUUCCAUGAUCUCUGUGGGCCCAAAUUGGGUAAUUGAACGUUGCCUCUGGGAUUGUAAUUUUUAGGGUCAGUUUGGAUGCUGUGUAUCAUAUAGAUGUUGUUCAUAGUGUUGUUGUUGGUUUUAAAUGAUGAAAAGUGUUAUAACUGCAAAAAUAAUGAUAAUGAUAAUGAUGAAAAUGAAGCUUAUUUUCUUGAUAUAUCA